AUGGUUCAGAGCGUGGCGGUGAUCGGUGCGGGUCCCUCUGGCCUGACCUCCAUCAAAGCCUGUUUGAAUGAAGGUCUGGACCCUACAUGCUUUGAGAGCAGCCACGACAUAGGAGGACUGUGGAGAUUUAAGGAGAAGCCGGAGCCUGGGCGAGCCAACAUUUAUCAAUCAGUGAUCAUCAACAGCUCCAAAGAGAUGAUGACUUUCAGUGACUUCCCGCCUCCGGCUGAGCUUCCCAACAACAUGCACCAUUCUGAGGUCAUGCUGUACAUGCGCCUCUACGCUCAAGCCUUUGAAUUACUGCAGCACAUACACUUCCAGACGACAGUGGUCAGUGUGCGGCAGAGGCCGGAUUUCGCCGUGACAGGACGGUGGGAUGUGGAGACGGAGAAGGCAGAUGGCCAGAGGGAGGCGCAUGUUUUUGAUGCAGUUGUGGUUUGUACCGGACAUUACACCCACCCUCACCUGCCACUCAGUGACUUCCCAGGUAUUCACAACUUCAAAGGCAAAUAUUUCCACAGCUGGGAAUAUCGCAACGCCGAGGGGCUGCAGGGGAAACGAGUGGUGGUGAUUGGAAUUGGGAACUCCGGAGGUGACAUUGCUGUGGACAUCAGUAGAGUUGCUGAGCGGGUUUACCUCAGUACCAGGAGUGGAGCGUGGGUCGUCGGCCGGGUGGGACAGGGCGGGCUCCCAGCUGACAUCAUUUGGGGUUCUAGACUUAAUUUUAUUAUCCAAAACCUGUUUCCCACAUGGAGCAAGAGGAUAACGGAGAAGAAGCUGAAUGAAGCAUUUGACCACAAACUAUAUGGCCUGAAACCAAAACACGGUUUUUGGGAACAGAUUCCUCUCGUGAAUGAUGACCUGCCAGCUCGGAUCAUCUCAGGCCGCAUUCAGGUGAAACCAAACGUGAAGGAGAUCCAACAGACCAACAUAGUCUUUGUUGAUGGAAGCAUCAUAGACGAGGUGGAUGUAGUUGUGUUUGCCACAGGUUACAACUACAGUUUUCCUUUCCUGCCGCCUGAUCUUCAAGCCAAAAGUGGCUACAGGCUGCGUCUCUACAAGAAUGUGUUCCCUCCCACUCUGAGCCGACCAACACUGGCAGUAGUCGGCUUCAUCCACGGCCUCGGAGCAAUCAACCCUAUGGCUGAGAUUCAGGCGCGCUGGGCUGCAAGAGUGUUCAAAGGCUUAAUUGCCCUCCCAGCAGAGAAGAUCAUGAUAAAGGAAAUUGAGAAAGACACAACCAUCAUGGACCAGAGGUUUGCAUGCUCGGAGCGUAACCCUAUACAAGUGAACACCAUCUCCUACAUGGACUCCCUUGCUGAGGAGCUGGGGGCUAAGCCAAAUAUCCCGUUGCUCUUCCUUAAAGAUCCCAAGCUGGCCCUGCAGGUCCUUGUGGGUCCCUGCACUCCGUACCAGUACCGCCUGAGGGGACCGGGCCGGUGGGCUGGAGCCCGGCAAGCUAUACUCACUCAACAACAGCGCGUAGUUCAACCUUUCAGGACGAGAUCUGUACCACAAGAAGAAGCUAGAACCUCUUCUAGUCUGAGCAGCAUUAUGGCUUUUGCAGGGGUUGCCCUGUUGUGCUGCUUCUUUUACAGCAAGGACGUUUGGUCCUCUUCCCUCAUUAGCAAGCUCUCCUCUGUAGGCAGCAGGCUUAAUGAAUAAGGUACAGGAAUUAGGUGGUUUUAGAAGGUGCUAACUGGAAGACUUUAAUGGCAGUUUACUGAAAAGAAAAUGUGGUAUUUCAUCACUGAAAUAAAUUAACUUGGGAUUUGACUCUCAGGACGAUUAAACAAGUGACAUU